AGACAAUUUUACAUGUAUUGGAGACCAGGCCAGAAGCACUUCUGAAUUAAGAACCCAGAUUCUUUGUGGAGACAUUGAAGAGAGCACUAAGAUCAGAAGAUGAGUGAACUUGACCAGCUACGGCAGGAGGCCGAACAACUUAAAAACCAAAUUAGAGAUGCAAGAAAAGCUUGUGCAGAUGCAACUCUCUCUCAGAUCACAAACAACAUCGACCCUGUCGGAAGAAUCCAGAUGCGUACCAGGAGAACGCUGAGGGGGCACCUGGCCAAGAUCUAUGCCAUGCAUUGGGGCACAGACUCCAGGCUGCUAGUUAGUGCCUCACAGGAUGGCAAACUUAUCAUCUGGGAUAGCUACACCACCAACAAGGUCCACGCCAUUCCUCUGCGCUCCUCUUGGGUCAUGACUUGUGCAUAUGCCCCUUCUGGGAACUAUGUGGCUUGUGGUGGCCUUGAUAACAUCUGCUCCAUUUACAAUCUGAAAACUCGUGAAGGGAAUGUACGCGUGAGCCGUGAGCUGGCUGGACACACAGGUUACCUGUCCUGCUGCCGCUUCCUGGAUGACAAUCAGAUCGUCACCAGCUCUGGAGAUACCACCUGUGCGCUGUGGGACAUAGAGACUGGCCAGCAGACGACCACAUUCACGGGACACACCGGGGAUGUCAUGAGCCUGUCCCUCGCUCCAGACACCAGAUUGUUUGUCUCUGGUGCUUGUGACGCUUCGGCCAAGCUCUGGGACGUGCGAGAAGGGAUGUGUCGGCAAACCUUCACUGGCCACGAGUCUGACAUCAACGCCAUCUGCUUCUUUCCAAAUGGCAACGCAUUUGCCACUGGCUCAGACGAUGCUACCUGCAGGCUGUUUGACCUCCGUGCAGACCAGGAGCUCAUGACAUACUCCCACGACAAUAUUAUCUGUGGGAUCACCUCUGUCUCCUUUUCCAAGAGUGGGCGCCUUCUCCUUGCUGGCUACGAUGACUUCAACUGCAAUGUCUGGGAUGCACUCAAGGCGGACAGGGCUGGUGUCCUGGCUGGGCAUGACAACCGUGUCAGCUGCCUGGGAGUGACUGACGAUGGCAUGGCCGUGGCGACGGGGUCCUGGGACAGCUUCCUCAAGAUCUGGAACUAACACCAACAGGUAGGGAGCAGCCCAUGUGGACUCCGUGGUGACUGGAAGACCAUUCCAGACCCUGAUGAGUUACAGUGAUAGCAAAUCCGCCCGACCGCACUAACUCGGACCCCGACCCCCGCCCCCAGAACUUCAAAAGGGCAAGAUCUUCUUUUCCUUCACUUAUUGCUAAAACAAAGAGCACAAUUCCCAGUAAGAGAAGACUCUGGCUGUAAACGAAAACAAAUUGUGCAUUCCUCUCGGGACCAUUGUCUUUGUUUUCUUUUCUGUCUUGAAUGAAUUUUAAAAGGAAAUACUAUAAUAAAAAUGUUAACCAGAA